AGACAGCCUCUGUGGCGCCGGAGGGCCCCCUUUCGGCGCAGAGCCGGGGCCGCUGCCCCGGGGUCAGUGCUCCAGUCGCCCCCGCUGCACCUUCACUCCUUUGGCUCAGGCCUGGACCUUCGGUUCCACGCGCUGGGGGCCAUGAGGGAGGGCCCUUGGACAAGACCUUCUGGGGCCUCCUCAGGGGCAUGUUGACACUCGGGGCUGGAGAAGAUCUCCGGGGCCAGCUGGGGGGCCUCCGAGGAAGGGAGGUGCACGGGGCAGGCCUGGCAGUGCAGUGUCCAUGCUGCAUCUGCGACCUUGGUCCCUCCCCCGAGUGCAGCGGCGGGUGCUGGUCUCUUCAUGGCCCUGGAUCUCUAGGAGGAGCCAGGCUGGGAGGCCUCCCAGCUGGGGCCAGGGAGACAGGCAGGGGGUCCUUGCUGUCCACCCCCCAAGGCCGGAGCAGACCAGGCUCCUCCUCAGGGGCCUUGUUCCCAGUUCCUGCUCCCUUCCCUCCCCCAGGCAUGGCGCCUGCACUGGCCUGGGCAAUGGGUUCUUCACGGCCCGUGCCUCGCAGAUGUUGGCAACUGACCUGCCGGCCAGCAGGCGGGCACUGGCCCAGGUGGUGGCCAGGCCAGGGACAGCGAGAGAGGGGUACAUGGGGUGGGAGCCACUGUUGGGGAGCAGAGAAAUGGGGCUGUCGCCACCCAGGCCAAGGCCAUCCGCAGACUCGGGAGGCUGGUGCGCCGCAGACUGCGGGCUGGCCAGCGGGAGAGCUGGAUGGGGCACACAGGCCUGCGGUUGAGUCCUGAGCUCUCGGGCUUGGCUGUGGCCUUCCUUAGCCAGGCCACCGUCCUCUGAGCUGGGGUGGAGGGCACCGCACCGGUGCUGAGCAGGCGCGGUCCGCCAGCACUGUGGCAGGAGCUGGCAUGCAGGCAGCGUCCCCACGGCCGGACGGGGGACCUGGAGCCUCGUGUCCCCGGCGGCCCCUCCAUGGAGGAGCGUCCCUUCUGCUCCCCCUUGCCUGAAACUUCCCUCUGCUUUUCCUUCCCUGAAGCCACCUCCCUGGCGGCCUUGGCCUUGGUGGGGGUGGGGGCAGCAGGCCAGGGGACCGCUCACCGAGAGGGUCAGCCUUCACGGCCCCGGUGUGUGCCGCUUGGGCCUCUGUGUUCUCUGGCCACCAGCCCCUGCCGGCUUGGAGCCGGUGGGACCGGUGCCCCUCAAGACGCUCCUCUUUGUUUUAGUGCCCCUCUCAGCCAAGGAGGACCCCUGAGCGGCGGUGGGGCGCCUGAGCCCAGGAAAGCGAGCAGGCCGGCGGGACCGCGAGUGCCUGGCGGAGUGGCGGGAGCGGCCCCGGACUCCCGGCUCCCCCUCCUGCUUCCAGGGCCCAGGCUCGUGUUCAAUCGGGUGAAUGGCCGGCGGCCCCCGGCCACAACCUCGUCCCUCGAGGAGACGCAGGAGACCUACACGCCAGCCCACGAGGAGAACGUCCGCUUCGUGUCCGAAGCCUGGCAGCAAGUGGAGCGGCAGCUGGGAGCUGGCCAGACCAGCGAGAGUGGGCCCCGGCCUGUGCAGUACGUGGAGCGAACCCCCAACCCCCGGCUGCAGAACUUCGUGCCCAUCGACCUGGAUGAGUGGUGGGCACAGCAGUUCCUGGCCAGGGUCACCAGCUGUUCCUAGCCACUGCCCGGGAGGCGGCCUGGCCCGCCCCACGACCACCUUCUGCCUAAAGAGGACCACAGUGCCCUCCACCCUGGCCUGGCCGCGGGGCGGCCACACCUGAAGUGCCAGCACCUGGACUCUGCGCUGCUGAGCCUGCGGCCCUGCAUUGGGGCCUGGCUGGACCUGUCUGACCUCAACCCAGCUCACUGCUCGGACCAGCCCGUGCCGGGGAACUCCAGGCUAAUAAAGUCGAGAAACUGCCUCUGGGCGUGGCCUUUCCUGGGUGGUGGUCGUCGGGUG